AUGGAGGCGCGUUCUAUACACUGGUCCCCAUACGACCGCGCGACGCGACGCGAGGCGAGAGCGCUCGCGGACGCCGGCACCGUCGAGAUCACGCGGGGCGGGGACGUCGUGUACGACGGGAAGGCGAAGACGGGCGAGUGGUCCGGGCCGGUGCGGUUGCGGCUGGCGGCGACGACGACGACGACGUCCACGGCGGGAGAGGGGGGGGGAGGGGGGAAGGCGGGCGCGAGAGACGAAGGCGGCGGCGGCGGCGGCGGCGGCGGCGGGGAAAAAAAGCGCCGCGACGGCGCCGCCGCCGCCUCGCCGACGCCGGUCGCGAAGCGACGACGCCUGGGGUGCGCGCAGUGCCGCGCCGCGAAGACGCCGCAGUGGAGGACGGGACCCGAGGGGCCGAAGACGUUGUGCAACGCGUGCGGGAUCGCGUUUUUGAAAGCGCGAAAGGCGGAAGCGAAGGAGGAGGAGGAGGACGCGCCGCCGCCGGCCACCGCCGACGACGACGCGAAGGCGGGAGCGGACGGAGCAGAGUAG